AGGAAAUGACUAUCAUUCCUGAAGGAGUGUCUGUUUUAACAGAAAGCCAGUUAAAGGGGUACAACUCGCAAUCUGUAAAAGAGAAAAGGCCUUAAAGGUUGAAAAUGAACAACUGGGCACAAAUAUCUCUUCUCCUCUUCAUUUGUGCCACCCUUAAGGCCCAAAGUGCCAGAACAUCGGGAGAAGAUGAAAUCUCUGUUGGCAGAAGAACAGUACAUGCAGCAUCCAUCAAGUUUUGCGUGUUCAAGGGAUACAUGUCCAACAGGGAGGUCUGCUGUUUUACGCCUCACCAGCCUGUGACAUUGGAGAACUGUGGCUUCAACACAUCUCACCCUUUGGUGACGAUUAUCCACGGAUGGACGCUUGAUGGAAUGUACGAAAAUUGGAUCUGGAAGAUGGCAGGUGCACUGAAAGUCAGACUAAAAGACAUUAACGUGAUCGUGGUUGAUUGGCUGACACUAGCACAUCAGCAUUAUCCAAUAGCAGUAAAGAACACACGAAUAGUUGGUCAUGAGAUUGCAGAUUUUUUGGAUUGGCUGGAGGAAUUCUUUGGGUUUCCAAAAGGAAAGGUUCAUCUGAUAGGAUACAGUCUUGGAGCUCACGUUUCGGGAUUUGCCGGAAAUUAUAUCACUGGGCCAAAUAAAAUUGGAAGAAUAACAGGUCUUGAUCCAGCUGGACCGCUGUUUGAAGGCAUGUCAUCAACGGAACGAUUAUCUCCAGACGAUGCAAAUUUUGUUGAUGCUGUUCACACAUUUACACAAGAACAUAUAGGACUGAGUGUCGGAAUCAACCAACCCGUAGCCCAUUAUGAUUUCUACCCUAAUGGUGGCACCAUUCAACCUGGCUGCCACCUCAAGCACAUGUACAAUCAUAUUGCUCAGUAUGGAAUUCUAGGUAUUACAGAAACUGUCAAGUGCGCACAUGAGCGAUCUGUGCACUUGUUCAUUGAUUCUUUGCUGAAUGAAGACAAACAAAUUGUUGCUUAUUGGUGCAAUGACCUGAACACAUUUAACAAAGGGACCUGUUUGAACUGCAGGAAGAAUCGAUGCAACACAUUGGGUUAUAAUAUUAAAAAGGUCCGUACUCAAAGAAGCAAGAAAAUGUACUUCAAAACCCGUGCUAAUAUGCCAUACAAAGUUUAUCAUUACCAAUUCAAGAUCCGCUUCAUCAACCACAUGGAACAGAAUAAAUUGGAACCUUCUCUCAAGGUUUCUUUGAUUGGAACAGAAGGUGAUGCUGAAAAUUUACCAAUCAAAUUAGUUGAAAGCAUCACGACCAACAAAACCUAUUCUUUUCUGAUUCACACUGAUGUUAACAUUGGAGAUUUGAUGAUGCUGAAGUUCAAAUGGGAAAACCCUGUUGCUUGGACAAACCUUUGGAAGACUGUUCAAACGUAUCUUCCAUGGGGACAAAAUAAUCUAAACCCAGAGCUUAUCGUGAGAAAAAUACGCAUCAGAGCUGGAGAAACACAACAUAAAGUCACCUUCUGUCCCUCAAACAUCGAUAUGCACCUUCAACCAGCCCAAGAGAAAAAAUUUGUUAGGUGUGUAAGUGACAGAAGCAGAAAACGUUACAGAAGACUGAACGACAAAAUAUCAACUUAAGACAAGCUGAAACCAAGAUCAUCAGUUCACAGAAUUCAUUCAAAAAUCAGAAACCUGUUCUAACAGACAAC